AAAAAAAUAAUAACAAUGGCGCCCUAUUCGUGAAUAAAGAAAGAACGAGAAAGUUCUGCUAGGAUUUAACCACAGAAAGCCGUAUCUACAACUACUUCUUACUUAUUUAUCUUCUCAUUGCUUGGUUUUUAAAUGAAACGAGCUUAGUUUACACUUAUUUGGCGAAUUGAGUUCAACAUUCGAGGCUGUGUUGAGCCAGUCUUGGGCCUUGGCACUGACUAAUAAACAGCCCUGUCGUUUGAUCAAAAAAAAUAUUUGAGCCGUCCUCUCGGGGGAAAACACGGAACUAUAUAUCAUGGAACAAGCCAUCGAACACCACUGGUUCUACAUGCUGCUGGAUACUUCUAGAAUGCUUACUAUUAUUAUUUCAAUUCUGCUUAUCGUUUAUGGUAGUUUUAGGGCAUUAGGACUUGAUAGUGCUUGUAAAACAGAAAACGAGUCCAGUGAAGGGCAAGAACAGGACAAGAAUGGUUCUCUACUCAGUGGAGUAAUGGAUGGUUUCCAAACAAUAACAACAGCUCAAGCUAUUUUUCUUCCUAUUGGAGCAUCUUGCUCUCUCCUCAUCAUGUUUUUCUUCUUUGAUACUCUUCAGUUCUUCUUUGCUCUAUGUACUGCUGUUCUUGCAACAGUUGCUUUCUCAUUUCUACUUCUUCCUGUUUGCCAAGGUCUUUUAAAGCCCUGUGGCAAGAACAACAAUCACAAGGUAUCACUUGGUUUCUGUGGUCGUUUUACAUUUGCAGAGUUGAUGUCCCUAUUAUUUUCUGCACUCUUAGUGAUGGUGUGGAUUUUGACAGGUCACUGGAUUCUUAUGGAUGCUUUAGCAAUGGGUCUAUGUGUCUCGAUGAUUGCUUAUAUCAGACUACCAAGUCUAAAAGUCUCAACUCUAUUACUCACUGGACUUCUUAUCUAUGAUGUAUUCUGGGUAUUCUUUUCUGCCUAUAUUUUUAAAGCCAACGUUAUGGUGAAAGUGGCUACCCAGCAGGCCGGCAACCCGGUGGCAUUUGUCGCAAAUAAACUUAAUCUUAAUUCCUUUAUGAAUUCAUCUCCGCAAAUUUCUCUUCCGGGAAAGCUUGUUUUUCCAAGUCAAGAACGUGGCAGAUUUUCAAUGCUGGGUUUAGGAGAUAUAGUAAUGCCUGGUCUUUUGCUAUGUUUCGUAAUGCGUUAUGAUAAAUACAAGAAAAUGCAAGCUCAAGCUCCAGAGACGGAGAGCAAAAUUACAUAUUUUCAUUGUUCACUUAUAGGAUAUAUUGUAGGACUUGUGACAGCAACAGUUGCCUCAGAGGUCUACAAAGCUGCCCAGCCUGCUCUUCUUUACCUAGUACCUUUUACUUUAUUACCUAUCUUAAUUAUGGCAUACAUCAAGGGUGACCUACGAAAGAUGUGGCAAGAUCCUUUUAUAGUAAAUGGAGGUAUAUUAAAGGCAAAGUUUAUGGAUGUAUGAAAGAUCCAGUUCCAGUGAAAAAGUAGCGUAUAUAAAGGAAAAUUUCAUCCAAAGCAAGAGAAUGCAUCCAAAUGACAGAAGUUUGGGUUAGCUGAGCGUCUGUUUACCCAUGCACAAAAAGAUCAACAUGUCUUUCGCGGAUUAAUGGCCCCUGAAAGUGCUUCGAAAAAUUUGUUUUGCGAUUCUCUAAUUGCUCGUUGCUGUUCUAUUCAGUGCAUAGCUUUUGAAAGUGGAGGCUGAUUGCGCCUCGGUCGAUUUUAGCAAGCUAUAAACAUUAUGAAAAUUGUUUUAACUUUCAUUACGAAUAGGUGUAUUGAUUAUUCUGUGAAGCAAUAUGUAUAUAUAUAAGGGGGAAAAAUGACGUCCCGCGGCUUAAGGUCCCCACUAUGUAAAUCGUUUGAAGUUUAAGUGAUCUAUGAUAUGAUAGCUAAUCAAUCAGAAAGACUGGUUUUUAGGACUUUUUUAUUUCUUUUAUUUCACCUAUUUUUCACUUAUUCAUUUAUUUUCUUUCUUCUUUCUGGUGGCCACACGUUUACCCUCGAAAACAAUUGGAUUUUUAGCAUUUCAGACCCCAGGAUUGUCAGAGAUAUUGACCACUAGUAGCUUAGCCAAUCAGAACGCAUUUUUUAUUGCAGUUUAUUAAUACCAGUAAAGUAUAUCAAUUACUGUAUACAAUAAACUGAAACUUCGCCUUUUUGCGAAUAGUGCUAGUUGCUGUGA